AUGGAAGUGGCCAAGUACUCGGAAAAGCUGGUUCCCUCAACGCGGUUUGUGGCGGUCGAUGGGGUGGCUCCUCGCGUUGCUGAGUAUGGUACCUUUGUGGCUCCAUCUGCCUCGGUGAUUGGAGAUGUCACGAUUGGUCGCAACUCGUCCAUUUGGUAUGGCAGCACCGUGCGUGGUGAUGUCAAUACCGUUUCCAUUGGAGAACGUACGGCCAUCAUGGACCGUGCCGUCAUUCAUGUGGCCAAAAUUCAAGGAGACAGUCCCACGAACAUUGGAAACAAUGUGACAGUAGGUGCCGGUGCUCUCAUUCAUGCGGCCACGGUGAAGGAUUUGUGUGUUAUUGGAGAAUCUGCUCAAGUAUUGGAUGGUGCGUUAGUGGAAUCCAAUUCGAUUGUCGAUGUUGGUGCCGUUGUCACACCCGGAACGGUGGUUCCAGGAGGAGAAUUGUGGGCUGGUGCUCCUGCCAAGAAGGUUCGAGAAUUGACAGCAGAAGAAAUUGCCAGUAUUCCUCAAAAGGCCAGGGAUGCCCUCGAGUUGGCAUCGAUGCAUGCCGUUGAGAAUUCCAAGGAUUAUGCUCAAGUCCAAGAGGAAGAAGAUUGGAUCGACUUCUUAGAGGAUACCCAAGAAGAUGAUCCUCAUCGAACACCGCCACCUUGGCAUAAUCGAUGA